CUGGAUAAAGAUAAAGUCUCAAAACAAAACACUAUCGAUUUUUGGAAUGGCUUUUGUACAUUUUCCUUCUUAAUCAUUCCGUAUGAUAACUCCUCCGUGCUCCUACAGUUUCCAUGGUAACUGUCUUGCCAAACAUCAACGUCGCACCUUUGACAGUCACCCAGAAAUCCAUCCACGUUCGCUCGGCAAACCAUUCUGAGAAUGUCCGCAGCCACCAAGGCAGUCCCGAAAUUCAAACGCGUCAUCCCUCUGCUGAACAGAGUGCUGAUCAAGAAAUCUGAACCCGCCACCGAGACCAAGGGCGGCAUCGUCUUGCCAGACAACACGAAGGCGAAGCUCCAGAAGGGCACUGUGGUAGCAGUAGGACCCGGAGGAAGAACGGAGCAAGGCCAGCACAUCCCCAUGUCGGUGAGAGCAGGGGACGAGGUGUUGCUAGCCGACUAUGGUGGCACCAAGGUGGAGCUCGAGGGGAAUGAGGUGUAUUUCCUUUAUAGGGAGAGCGAGAUACUAGCCAAGUUGUACGAUUGAAUUGUUGUUGAUGUUAUCCAAUAAAGUUUGAUUUUAACAAGUUGC